CCGCCGGGACUCGCAGUGGCUUGGUCCCGCGGUGACGGCGGUGGCGGCGGCGGCAGCGGCUGUAGCGGCAGCAGCGGGGACUGGCGUCGGGGCGCAGAGCCCGAGCCGAGCGGAACCGGAUCCCGGGGGAGCGCGUGAGUGCGCGGGGGCGGGUUCUGCCGCAUGUGAUGAAAGUGUCCGCUCUCAGGGAAGGCACAGCCAUGGCUUCCCCACCGCCCCGGGAGAUGGAGGAGGAGCUGGUAUCUGCUGGCUCGGAGCCAGGUGACCCUCGGGCUAAACCUCCUGUCAAGCCCAAACCCCGGGCCCUGCCUGCUAAGCCAGCCCUGCCUGCCAAGCCUAGUCUGCUGGUGCCUGUUGGGCCUCGGCCUCCCCGGGGUCCCCUGGCUGAGCUGCCUUCUGCCCGGAAGAUGAACAUGCUGGCAGGACCCCAGCCCUAUGGUGGCAGCAAGCGUCCCCUUCCCUUUGCACCAAGGCCUACAACCGAGGCCUCUACUGGAGGAGAAGCCACUCGAGAGACUGGAAAAGAGGAGGCUGCGAAAGAAGAGGUGACCCCUUUGACACCCCCAGCCCGAUGUGCUGCCCCAGGAGGUGUGCGGAAGGCCCCUGCCCCCUUCCGUCCAGCCUCGGAGCGCUUUGCAGCCACCACAGUGGAAGAGAUCCUGGCCAAGAUGGAACAGCCUCGGAAGGAGGUCCCUCCCAGCCCUGAUCGCCUUUGGGGCUCCCGCCUCACCUUUAACCAUGAUGGCAGCUCGAGAUACGGCUCCAGGACCUAUGGUGUGGCCACAGGUCCCAGGGAUGAGGAUGGUGGGACCCUCUCCAGGGGAUGGUCCCAGGAGGGGCCAGCAAAGUCUUCCAGCGAGUGCCAGGAAGAGUAUCACAAGACCCCAGAGGAGAGGAAUGCCCCUUUGGACGUGGCCUUCAAUGGUGACGUAGUUCAGCCAGCCAGCUCGGACCCACCCGCUGAUAUCUCCAAGUCCUGGGAUCCCUCAAGUCCAGGCCCUGCCUCAGAGAAGGGAGGCUCCACCAGCUCAGGCCUCCCCGCUGAAGCCUCAGGCCUAGCCCCUGGGUCUCCCCGACCUUGCUCACCUGAUGAGGGGUCUCCCCGACCUCACUCACCCAAGGAGGGGUCUCCCCAACUUCACUCACCCAAGGAGGGGUCUCCCCAACUUCACUCACCCCAGGAGGGGUCUCCCCGACUUCACUCACCUGAUGAGAGUUUGCCCUGCCACUCUCAGCUUCCAGAAGCCCAGAGACCUGUGGUUUCUGGGCCCUCCCCCUGCCUCUCUAUGACCCCAGCAUCCCCAACUGUAACCCUGCCCGAUGAGGGUCAGAGCUCCUGCUGCCCCCCAAGCUCAGGGCUCCCUGUGGUGGAAGCCCCAGAGGCCCCCACACCUGGCAGUCCAGCCUUUGAGAAGGUCUCGGGCCCGGAUCAGCCCCCAGCUACCUCUGCCCAGCCCCUGAUGGAGGGGGGUGAGUUGCUGGAUCUUCCUCGGACGUUUCCAUCUGGGGAUGUGGUGGCCCAGGGUGACCUAGACCGUCCCAUCGGCCUGGCCCAGCGCCGAUUUUCUGAAGGUGUGCUCCGGCCUCCUGGCCAAGACCAGGAGAAGCUGGGGGGCUCACUGGCUGCCCUGCCCCAAUCCCAGGGGAGCCAGUCUGCCCUGGAUCGUCCCUUUGGGAGUGGGACAGAGUCCAACUGGAGCUUGUCACAGUCCUUUGAAUGGACCUUCCCUACGCGGCCUUCAGGUCUAGGGGUGUGGCGUCUUGACUCCCCGCCUCCCUCCCCCAUCACUGAAGCCACUGAGGCCGCCGAGGCCGCCGAGGCUGGUGACUGGGCUGCAUCCAGCAGAGAGGAAGGGGUGUCCCAGCAGGGGCGAGGGGCCCGGUCAGCUCCAGAGGGACCAGGAAGGCCUGGUUCCUGGGUGCAGGUGGAUGAUCCGGGCAUCUCCCCAACCCAGAAGGCGGAUGGGGAGAGUCAGCCACAGUCUCCAGUUCCCCUCAAGCCCUUACCAACACCAGGAGGCACACCUGGAGUGGCCUUGUUGCAGGCAGAGGAGAGGUAUGAGGAGCGGGAGCCCCUGGCUGGACAGGAGUCCAUGCUUCCUCUGGCCACCAGGGGGGCCGCUCUGCCCGUCCUGGAGCCGGUCCUGGGGCAACAGCAGCCAGCACCCCCCGACCAGCCCUGUGUCCUCUUUGUUGAUACCCCGGACCCCCAGCAGGCAUUGCCUGCUGAGGAGGAGACCAUGACCUUGGUCCAGGCUGAAGCCGCCCAAUCUAGGACAGAACGUCGAGACCCCUGUAGCGUGUCCCCCGAGCCUGCAGGCCCUGACAGCAGCUCCCGCUGGCUGGAUGAGCUCCUGGCCUCGCCACCACCUAGUGCAGGCAGCACAAGGCGGGGAGCUGGAUCUGAGACCCCGACAACCUGCUCUGAGGGACUUCUUGGCUGGGCCCAGAAAGAUCUGCAGAGUGAAUUUGGGAUUGCGGCAGACCCACCUCCCAGCAGUUUUAGUCCUUCCAGCUGGUCCCAGGACACUUCUCAGAACUACGGCCUCGGGAGUGCAAGCCCUCGAGGGGACCCAGGCCUUGGAGAGGGAGACUGGACUAGCAAGCGUGGGCAAGCAGCAGGGGAAGGGAGUGCCAGGGAGUGGGCCAACAGGUGUGGCAUUGGCCAGGAGGACAUCGAGGUCGCCAGCCGGGAUGGGAGUGGAGUGUCUGCCCCGGGGGGCCUUUCCACCCAGGACCGGGUGAUCGGAACACCAGCCCAGCUUGGUACUCAGCAGAGUCAGGAGGCGGAUGUUCAGGACUGGGAGUUCAGAAAGCGGGAUUCCCAGGGCACUUACUCCAGCCGGGACGCGGAGCUCCAAGACCAGGAAUUUGGGAAGAGAGAUUCACUGGGUGCUUACAGCAGUCGGGAUGUAUGCCUUCAGGACUGGGAAUUUGGGAAGAGAGACUCUCUGGGUGCUUAUGGCAGCCAGGAUGUAGAUGAGCAGAGCCAGAAGUUGGGGAAGAAGGACCACGUCGGCAGGUACGGCAGCCAGGAUGCAGACGGGCAGGACCACGUUGGCAGGUACGGCAGCCGGGAUGCAGAUGGGCAGGAACAGGAGUUUGGGAAGAGAAAUUCUUCACUCGGCACCUUUAGCAGCCGGGGUGCAGAGCAGCUGGAUCAGGAUUUCGGGAAGAGCGCCUGGAUGAGGGACUACAGCAGUGGCAGCCCCCAGGACCGAGGGUUCGGGAUGAGAGCCCUGAGUGCCGGUUUCAGCCCCGAAGAAGCCCAACAGCAGGACGAGGAGUUUGAGAAGAAGGUCCCGAGUGGUGGAGACGGUCUGGGCGAGACCAGCAGGGAGGCAAGCCAGCCUGAAGAGAGAGAGUCAGGGAGCCUCUUCAGCCCCAGCACCUCCCAGUCCCAGGACGGGGCACUGGGACAGAGAGACCAGAGCAGCUGGCAUGGUGGCGGUGCCGGCCAGGAGGCAGGGGGCCAGAGGCCGGCCGAUGCUGGCCAGGAAGACAGGGAGGUGGGCCGGCGAGGCUGGGUGGACAACUUCAGCCGUGGUGUUGUCCCCCAGCCGGAGGCCACCUUCAGCCCAGGGCAGCGCGAUUGGAGCGGCGACUUCUGUGUGGGGGCCUCUGAGAGAGGCCUCCAGUUCGGCAUCAUCGGUGAUGACCGGGCGGGCAGUGCUGUCCUCAGCCCUUCUAGCCAGAUUGCCGGUGGCCACUUUGUGCCUCCGGAGAAGACCCCGGCCGGGCCUGUGGACUGGACCGACCAGCUGGGCCUCAGGAACUUGGAAGUGUCCAGCUGUGUGGCCUCUGGGGGCUCGAGUGAGGUCAGGGAGGAAGCUGUGGGACACAUGGGCUGGUCAGACAAGCUGGGCCUGAGAGAUGUGGACCUGGCUGGCCAUUUGGAGUCUGGAGGGUCUGAGGAGCCCAGAGUGAUUGGGGUCGGGGAGAAGGAGGACUGGACCUCCAAUGUCGGGGGGAGGGGCAGAGAUCUGGCUGGUGUCGGGGAGGUAGGGAGCCCCAGCCAGCCCAGAGAGAGCGGCGUGGGACAGACCGACUGGUCGGGUGUGGAGGCUGAAGAGUUCCUUAAAUCAAGGGAGCGUGGGGUGGGACAGGCAGACUGGACACCAGACCUCAGCCUGAGGAGCAUGGCCCCGGGGACAGGCUGUAGCCCCAGAGAGCUUGGGGCAGGCCAGGUGGACUGGGGCAGCAGUCUGGGCCUAAGGAAUUUGGAGGUGCCGUGUGACCUAGAGUCUGGAGGUUCUCGGGACCCACGGGGAUGUGGAGUGGGCCAGAUGGACUGGACCCAGGACUUGGGUCUCCAGGACGUGGGGCUUUCGGGGGCCCCAAGUGAGGCCAGGGAGCAUGGGGUGGGAGAGGUCAGCCAGUGCCCAGAGCCAGGGCUCAGGGACCACAGCGCCUUGUCCCCGGGCCUGGAGGCCAGAGAGCUGGGGCCUGGAGGAACAAGUGGGCCAGAGACCCAGGGUGAAGGCCGCUCCACCCCUUCCCUGGAGACCCGUCCUGAAGAUCCUGGGAUGGAGACAGGAGAAGCCCCUGGCUUUGGAACCAGUCUUGGCGGGUGCCCGGCCCGCUCCCCGCCCUCUGGCUCCCAGGGCCUGCUGGAGGAGAUGCUGGCUGCCAGCAGCUCCAGGGCAGCAGCCCGUAGGGAGUCAGCAGCCUCGGGCCUCAGGGGCCUUUUGGAGGAGGAAGGAGCCACAGCAGGUGCUGACCAAGGGGAGCCCCUGGAGCCUAGCGGGGACCCACUGCCUUCCUGGAGGCCGCAGCCGGAUGGUGAAGCCAGCCAGACAGAAGAGGUGGAUGGCACCUGGAGUCCUUCAAGGGUCGGGCAGGGCGAGCAGGGCCCGACACGGCCUCCUCGGCGGCCCCCCCAAGGCCCUCCUCCCCGCUCUCCCAGUCAGGACUUCUCCUUCAUUGAGGACACCGAGAUCCUUGACAGUGCCAUGUACCGGAGCCGUGCCAACCUGGGGCGUAAGCGAGGACACCGGGCCCCGGCCAUCCGGCCCGGGGGCACCCUGGGCUUGUCCGAGGCCGCAGACUCAGAUGCACACCUGUUCCAGGACUCUACGGAGCCACGAGCUUCUCGGGUGCCAUCUUCAGACGAGGAGGUGGUGGAGGAGCCUCAGAACCGCCGGACGCGGAUGUCCUUGGGCACCAAGGGGCUGAAAGUCAACCUCUUCCCUGGCCUGAGUCCAUCAGCCCUAAAGGCUAAGCUGCGCCCCCGGAACCGCUCGGCUGAGGAGGGGGAGCCUGCAGAGAGCAAGCCGAGCCAGAAGGAGCCCGCGGUGCAGCGUUCCAAGUCCUGCAAGGUCCCUGGGCUGGGGAAGCCCCUUGCGUUACCUCCUAAGCCAGAGAAAUCCUCAGGGUCAGAAGGAUCAUCACCCAACUGGCUACAAGCCCUGAAGCUGAAGAAGAAGAAGGUCUGAGAAGUCCUCGAGGUCCUUCCCAUCUGGCAGUCUCAGGCAGUGCCCAUUCCUGUGGGGUCCCCGGCGAGGAGAUGGCUGGAGCCCCACCAGGCCCCAGGCUGCAGCCUCUGUCCCCUUCCAUGUCUGAGGAGCGUCUGGGGAGGCACAUUUAUGCACUUUGUAUCCCCUCCCUUCCCAACGUUUCCCCCCCACCCUCACCCCCUUCCCUCCUGACCAGAUUCAGGCAUUUGUGGUUGAAGGUUUUGGUCCCUCCUCCCUCGCUCUCUUCACACCUCCCUCUCUGCUUCCUCCUCCAGCCUCCCUCGGGUUUUCUUUUGAUACCAAUUUAUAGCAUUUUUUAUAAAAGCCUUUGAUUUUUGUAAUGGGCGGAGCCCUGCCCCAGCCCAGGCCUCCCUCCGUCCUGCCAGGUGCCCCCACAGAGACCAAUUACAUUUUGCCACUUGAAACAAUAAAGUUUUUUGGGAAUUGGUGCU